AUGACACCGGAGGCAAAGAGAAGGAAGAAUCAGAAAAAAAAAUUGAAACAGAAACAAAAGAAGGCUGCUGCUGCCGCUGCUGCUGUUGCUGUUGCGGCUACGACAACUAUCGUUGUUAACACAACCGUUACUGAUGUGUCAACAACAACUGCAGGUACAGAUUCAGCUACUACUGAAAAUAAUACUUUAGAUUUGACAAGCAGCACAGUUUCUGAUGAAACCAAUGUAAAUACAAGAUCUAAUACCCCAUUAAAUAAAGGUAGUACUAUUCAAGAAGAGAAAGAGGAAAUAACAAUACCAGAAGAGAAAGAGGAAGAUAAAACAAACUUUAUAAAAGAAUCAGAAAUAUCUGUUGAAGUUGUUGAACAAACAUCAUCGGAAGUUGGAUCACAUCAAGCACCCUUUGAAAAGGAUGUACAAGAACAAGAAUUAGAAUUUCAUAAUGAUGUAAAUGAAACUUUAAAUCAGGCAGAUGAUGCUCAGUCACUAAACGAAUACAAUGAAGAGGGAGUUGAAAGAAUUGAUUUAAGUGAAGGGGUUAUUGAUGCUGAUGAUUCAGAAAGUGAGCUUAUGCAACAAGGCAAUGGUCUUAAUGAAACAAUGGACAAAAUAGGGGAAAAACAGAAUGAACUCAGCAUGGAGCAAUUUGGGGAUAAAAUAGUAGGGCAUGAGACAUUCAUAGACAAUGAACACACCCAAAACAAAGUACAGUUUACUAAUUCGUCAACUACAGAUGCUAAAGAGAACGUACCUCUGCCUACACAUACUGUUAUACAAAUUGAAGAUAAAACAUCCCAAGAAGUGGAAGAACAACAAAUGCAAAAUCAUGAACAGUUACACCAGUCAACUGUGGUUAGGCUGAAUAAAGAGAAUGUUGAAUUUCCUACUAUAAUUAAUUCGGAAGGUUUGGGCACAGAUUCUAAUAUAAGUAAAAAUGACAAAAUGGAUUUUCCACAUAAAGAAAGUGCUACAACACAACCUGAAUCAUUUUCAGAAAAUCAUCUUACUACUCAAGAAUUCAUAAAUGAUGAUUUAUUUGAAUCAAGUCCACGUGAUGAGUUAAUGCCAUGGGAACAGCAUGAGGAAUUGUAUCAAAAUAAAGACAAACAAUAUCAUCACAAUAUUGCUGAUGAACGUAAUGAAAAUGAACCAGAAUUAGUAGGAGAUGUGAGUGAGCUUUUUACUACUGAUAAUAACGAAGAAUUUCUACCUUGGAUUGAAAAUAAAGCUAGUAAGAAAACAGAAAUUAAUGAUAGUGUAAUUGAGCAUGAUGUAGACACAGUUAGCGCUCUUGUACCUUCAACGAGUCAUAAUGAAAAUAAAAAUUCUCAAGUAAAUAUUGAUAUCAAGCAGGUAGAUAACACAUCAGAUCUAUUUGAUAAGGACAUAGAUCAGACUGACGAAAUUUGGUUGAAAGAAACAAAUAACAAUGUUCCUUCUUCCCCACUAACUUCUGUUACACAUACAGUCGAACCUACAGAUGCAUCGACCACAAAAAUAAAUCUAGAGCCUUCGCGAUCCGUUGUUAACGAUUCCUUUAAGAAAUUUUCUUUCUUAAAAGACGAUGACGAUCUUUUAGAUGAUGAUGAUGAUAGUUUCUUAGAAUCUGAAGAUGAGUUGGUAACACAGAAUGUCAAUAGAUCUGACAGCUUCAUAUCAAGUGAAGGAAUUACCUUUGAUAAUACUUCUCGAAAUAAUUCAAAAAAACAAUUUCAUACAACUUCUAGGUAUACACCUACCAAUUCUGAUAUGAUGGUAUCAGAUCAAAAUACUCUUUCAAACCAGGGUGGUACAGUUGGUAUUGUUCUUCCUCAGCAAAUUAAUAAUAUUUCUAGACCAGCUUCUAAUAUCCAGCCUUCCCAAGGCUCUACUAUCCAAUUAUCAAGUCAAGGCUUAACGAGACCAUCUUUGAACUCUCAAAAUACACAACAGGUUAUUGAAAAACUUGCUGUUGAAAAGAAAAAGUCAGAUGCUUAUGACUUUCCAAUGGAUUUGAUUGCUGAUAAAGUAAAACCUGUUCAUGCUAAACCUGUCGGGAUUCCAAGUCCUAAAUUAAAUAAUACAUCGUUUCUACCUAUGAAAUCAUCAAGAAAUGUAUCUGUUUCUAUUCGGUCUACAUCUGGUUACCAGUCGUUGGAUGCUGUUUCUAAUAUUUCAAUGCCUGUAAACCCAUAUGCAUCAGUUAUUAAAAAAGAAGCUGCUGCUAAACAACCUGUUCCUUUAACAGGACCUGUUGGGGUGGUCCCUCCAUCUUUGAAUCUUCCUGUCUCUCCCACUUCUCCAAUUAAUAGCAAUAAUAUGAUUUCUUUCAUGAGUUCUCCGCCAUUGCAAGGAAAUGCAAGGAAUUUCAGUAACAAUUCAUCUAUAUCUAGUGCUCAGCUAAAUGCAAGGUCAAAUAUAUAUGCCCCACAAACAGAAAUUAAUGCUGCCCCUCCAAAAAGGGCAUCACAGUCAUCACAAUAUGCACCUCGGUCAUCAAAUACAUUACAAUCAGCUCAAGCUCUUCCUUCUCAAUAUAAUUUUCCUCCAUCCAAUGGUAACCCACGUAAGUCUAUGACAAUCUCGCCUGUUAACACUAAGUUGAAUUAUACUUCAUCUACAUCGAAGGGAAAUCAUGCACGUAAAAACUCCAGUUUGUAUUCUCCAAACAGUAAUGAAAACUCAUCAAGGUACGCGCCAACAGUUCAUCCUCAAUAUCAGCAACAAUUAGAGACUAUUCAAUCUAACUUCAUUCCACAUCCAUUUCCUGCCACAUCCAUUCCUCCUAAACCAAAUACGAUGAAACAAACAGUUUCACAAAUCAAUCCUUUAGGAAUUAUUCAACAAUAUCCUCCUCAUCCAAUUAAUGAUAAUGAAAACAUAUCGCAAAGAUUAGAUGCAACUUCACAACUAGAUUCAUUUUCUAAUCAUCAAGUGAGUGGCACAGGUUUGUCACAGUCUGUUAGUGGAGGAAGCUAUAAUAAUAAAAAAUCAGAAUAUCAUUCUAACAAGAUGAUAUUAGAAAUUGAUAAUAAUGCUUUGCUUUCUCGUCAAUUCCCUCUUUUCCAGUUUAAUUCUUCUAGUAAGCUUGUAUAUGGUAUUCCCGUUUCCAUGGGUAGUUAUGCUACCACUACUUCGGUGGUUAAUUCGUUAGAAGUUGUCAGUUUAGAUUCUAUUAUUAAGUCAGAUCCUAUAUUGAAAUCAUUCCCAGGACCUUUAACACAGAAAUCUAAGCAGAAAGACAUUGAGAAAUGGUUGUCUACAAUUAUUGAAGAAACAAAUUUAGAUACAAAUUCAGAUGAAUAUUUGAUUUGGAAAAUUCUUCAAAUUAAACUCUCUCUUAAUUGUUCAAUCAAUGAUAUAUCAGAGGUUAUUUAUAAUACAUAUGAAUUACAAACAUAUUUGUCUCAACCAUUUAAUCUAAACAUUUCCCAACCAAAUGCCUAUAAGUUAGAUAAUAUUGGUCAAAUGAGAAUUCUUGCUUCACUUCAAGUUGGUGAUUAUAAUACCGCCUUGCGAGAUGCGUUGGGUCAUAAGGACCAUACGAUGGCACUAUUAAUCGGUUCUCUGAUUUCCAAAGAUAAGUUGGUAGAUGCAGUCGAUUCAUAUUUCGUUGAAGAGGGUAAUAAUCCUACAUGUAUUAAUUUGUUGUCACUUAUAUUCCAUGCAUUUAUGGGGAAUUCUAAAGUAGUAAUUAAGAAGUUUUAUUCAGACAAUGAGAAAGCGACUUGGAUUGUGGAUAAUUGGAGGACAGUUGUUGCUGCAGUUUUGAAACAUUGCAGUAAUUAUGAUAGUGAUAACAAAAUUCCUCCGGUUAUUAUAGAAUUUUUUGUUGAACUUGCUAUCUUUUUGUAUCACAAAGGACUUAAACUCGUUGCAUCUCUUUUGUUUAUGAUUGUUGAUGUACCAUUAAGUAUGAUACCAGUUCUAAAGGAUUCAGAUGUAACUUUUGAUUAUAUUGGAAAUCCUACUUCUGUACAAAGCAUAGUAUGGUCAGAACUUUAUCAAUACUAUUGUGUGGUGCAAAAUUCUAAAUCGUCUGACUAUGAUGAAUUACUGCCUCAGAAAAUAUAUCAUGGUAUGUAUCUACAAGAACAAGGACUUUCAAAUUUGGCUACUAAAUAUUCUGAUUAUGUUGCUUCUCGAUUGAAGCAAUUAAACAAGAAAGAUGUUACUUCUCUUAAUUUGUCUAGCAGGUUGGGAGAGUUGCAAAGUCGUUUGAUUGGUUCCAAUUCCGGUUGGUUACUCAAGCCGAAAUUAAGCAGCGUUUGGGGACAAUUGGAUAAAUCUUUCAAUAAGUACAUUGGUGGUGAUGAGGAUGCAUCACCAACUCCUAGUGAUACGUUUGGUAAAUACGUAGUGGGAAAUGAAGAAAUCAUAAAAUCAUCACCUAAUAAUAUCAUCAACAACUAUGUUGGCGGUAACAUAGAGACUUCUCCUGCUGUUAUGGGCAUUGGUAAGACUACAAAUAGACCUGUCAUGUAUUCACCAAAGAAAUAUAGUUUUGUUAAAAAGCCUAUAGAAAAAUCACUAUAUGUUCCUAAGUCACAAACAUUAUCCACAUCUAAUAUCUUGGAGGAGAUACAACCUUCCCCAGUUAAAACUACCAUGUAUUCGCUUCGUACAAAUAAUUCUGUUCCGGUGAAUAUCUCAAGUCAUUUCAAUCAUGUAGAACCAGCAAAACAAAAUGACAAGGAAAUUUCAGAUGCAAUGGUUUCUGAAAAAAGAAAUGAGUCCUUGGAAGAACCUAGUAUACUAACGUUGCAACCAAAAGAGACUGAUAUUGUAGAGCCUGUAAUAAAAGAUGUGUCUACUGAAUUACAGUCAAUACCAUUACCAGUUGAUAAUAGUGAUGCUUCUCUUUUAGCACAUUCAAAUAUUGAAGAAGUUUCCACUAAUCAAGACAAUAUUCCUUCUCAUCGAAUUAAUGAGGUAUGUAAGCAAGGAGUUAAUAUUGAUGAUUCCCAGCAACUAAAGAAUAAUAGUGUGGAACUAUCCAUAGGAGACAAUAAAAUGCCUCUUCCAGUUCUAUCAGAAUCCGUUUCUUCUAUAACAGAUGAUAAAAUACUUUCUUCAAAUGCUAUACACAACGAUUUAUCCCAUAGUAUUGAAAAUGAAAUUGCAUCCGUUACAGAGGACCGUAAAGAGAUGCUUUCAACAUUUACUACACGUGCUGUUUCAUAUGUAGCAGAAAAUUCAAUUUCUCCCUCUCCAGGUGCACAGAUGGCCACUUCAAUUCCAGUGGGAAAUAAUUUUAUUCCACCUUUUUCACCACAAGGAUUAACUUCUAUUCCUUUAGUUCAACCAUUAACUGUAGAGACAAAGAAUGAAUCUGAUAGACAGAAACCUGUUUUUAAUUCUACAAAAUACAAUAGUUUUGCAGUUUCUGGUAUGGAUGCUGAUAAUUUGGAUAGUUUUGAGCCUAGAAUAAGACCAUCGUCAUCUGCGGCACAAGGUGUCCCAUCAGUAAAAAUCUCAGAGGAAGCUAAUGUUCAGUAUAAUGAUGAGGUUGAGGAUGAUUCAGAUGAAGAUGAGGAUAAAGAGACUAUUGCUACUAAGAAAGAUACUGAAACUAAGAAGAAAGUAGAAAAGAACAAUUCUGGUUCUCAAAAAGCAGGAUGGUUCAGUUGGUUAAAGAAAGAUCCUAAUGAGAAAAAGGUUGUAAAAGCCAAGUUGGGUUAUCAAAACAACUUCUAUUAUGAUGAAAAGUUGAAACGUUGGGUCAAUAAGAAUGCCACAGAAGAAGAGAAGAAGAAAAUGCAGGAAGCGGCAGCACCUCCACCUCCACCGAUUGUGAAACGUAAAGAUACAGUGGUAAAAACUACUCCUCGUCCUAGCUUCAGUCAUCCAAACACUAAUUCUUUAUCAUCUGCACCCUCUGGUCCACCUCCAGGUAUGGUUUUACCAGUUAAUCCACUUUCUGGUAAACCCAUGAAUCAAGCAUCUAACAAUAUUUCUGCAUCUACGUCUACGGAAAGCUCUGCAACGCCUAAACUUCCUCCAUCUAUAAGUAGUAGCCAGCCUGUUAACUUAGCUGGUAAGGCAUCAAAUGGCUUAGAUGACAUUUUGAAUAUAUCAGCAGCUACAACAGCAAGUAGAAGAAAAAAGAAACCUGGUAGAGGUUAUGUAAAUGUAAUGGAGAACAGAUAG